AUAGCUGGGAGGUGCAGUCUCUGAAGAUCCCCUUAGCGCUUGAGGGGAGAUGCAGCCCCCCACAGGAGGGGUGGGUGGCUGGGGGGGGGGGAGUUUGGGGAAGAGGGGGGGGGGAGGAACCCAACAUCCAACCCACUCCCUUCCCAGCAGGCCCUGGGGCGAUGGAGCCAGACUACAAGCGCAGGAAGAUGCAGGAGCUGGACGACCCCCCAUGGGAGGCCUUGCUGGUACUUCCUGAGCUGGAAUCCCAGGAGGUGGAGCUGAUCCUGGCCUAUGCUGCCCCCGUGUUGCUCAAGACUGAAACAUCCCGCCUGGUGCAGCAGCUGUCGGCUGCGCGCCCCCUUACGGAGCUCCCACACCUUAAGCGUGUGCGGGCACGUGGCGGAACUCAGCCGUUGGAGGUGCUCCUCUGCCUGGCCAGCCCCUCGCAGGACACAGGGGCCUUGCAGACGCUGUCGGAGCUGCUCCCGGAUGGACAGGUGGACAUCUGUGGCCUGGGAGAGCCCUUCCUAGUGCAGGUGCCUGCACGUGCCCCCCUCACCCGGCCCCAGUUCGAAGAAGCCGCCCGGCACUGGCCCACAGCCUUCCAUGAAAACAAGCGGACCAGCCAGGCUCUGGCCGGGCAACUCUUCACUCCACAAGACAAGGCAGCCAUGCAAGGUCACAUGGAGCAAGCUAUCCAUGCUGCACGCCAGGGGGCGGAGCUGGGGAUGGUGCCAGUGGGCGCUGCUGUGGUUGACACGGCCACAGGACGGGUCCUGGCUGUGGGGCAUGACUGCAGGAAGGGCCUCCACCCACUACUGCAUGCCACCAUGGUCUGCAUUGACCUGGUGGCCUGCGGCCAGGGUGGAGGAGCCUACAGCUACCACGACUAUCCUGCUUGCACCUUCCUGCCUUCUGAUGAACAUGCUGUAUCUGGCGAUGGCCUUCCCUACAUCUGCUCCGGUUAUGACCUGUACCUCACCCGUGAGCCCUGUGCCAUGUGCGCCAUGGCCCUGGUCCACUCCAGAAUUCAGAGGGUCUUUUAUGGUGUGGCCUCCCCACACGGGGCUUUGGGGACAAGAUACCGCAUCCAUGGCCGCAAAGACCUGAACCACCGCUAUGAAGUCUUUAGAGGCAUCCUGGAGGGGCCAUGCCAACGCUUGGGCCAGGAGGUUGCUAGCUAAGCGGCUGUUUUUAUAUGGCUUGUUUUUAUACCAUUUGUUUUAAAAGCUGAGCUUUGCUUUUUUUU